GGUGACAGAACUGACGAGAGUGCAAGGGCAAACAAUGGCAGAGUGAAGAACGAUAUUAGACCUCUCAGCUGCAGAUCUGUUUUUAAAAGAAGAGAAAAAGAAAUAUUUCUGGACCAUAGAAGAAACAGUGUAUUACAUCUGGAGCCACCUGAGCCAUUUGUAUCCAGAUAGGAGCGUCUUAUGAAGCAAUAAUCAUGACAUCAUAUGAACAAGGUCAGUCUCCAACUCGAUGUGGUCCACAGUUCCCCAGCUUGGGACAGGAGCCUCCAGAGCUGAGCCUUUACAGCGAUAAUUACUAUCCUCCUCCAUCACUGCCAAGUCCACAGAGGACAAACCCCUCCUCAUAUGAUCUUGGGGAAUAUGCAACUUCAUCUCCUAACCCAUACCUGUGGUUCAGUGGGACUGGGAUCAACACUUCUGCAUAUCUGGGUGGUGCACCAGGUCCUGCUGUACCCUCCUUUGUGCCGCAGCAUUAUGGCAUGCAGAGGCCUUACCUUGGGCAGGGAGGUCCCGGGGGUGCUAGUGGAGAACUGGGUUGGUUCUCCAUACCUUCUCAGGAGGACCUAAUGAAGCUGGUCAGGCCACCCUACUCAUAUUCAGCACUCAUUGCAAUGGCAAUACAUGGUGCCCCAGACCGGCGCCUGACUCUGAGUCAGAUUUACCAGUAUGUAGCAGACAAUUUUCCUUUCUACAAUAAGAGCAAAGCUGGCUGGCAGAACUCUAUUCGCCACAACCUAUCACUGAAUGACUGUUUCAAGAAAGUACCCCGGGAUGAAGAUGACCCUGGUAAAGGUAAUUACUGGACCCUUGACCCAAACUGUGAAAAGAUGUUUGACAACGGCAACUUCAGGCGCAAGAGGAAGAGAAAGUCUGAUGGUCUUGCUGGGGAGGGCAGCUCUGGAGGAGCUCUUAGCUCAGAGGCAGGAGAUGGGAGUGGGAGCCCCAAAAAUGCAACGCUUGACAUUUCAGCCUCACCUGAGAAAGCUCCUGCCAUGGGUCCCCCCCCUUGCCUGAGCAACUUCCUGACAGAAAUGUCUGGGGUGUCAGCUGGGUCUGUGGAGGUGGGUGGAGAACCCAUUAAUCGCCCCAUUCCUCUCAGCCUACCAGUGGAUGGCACACAAAGAGCAACCCAAACAUCAGGCUUUAGCUCCUACUCUCCUGGUUCCACAGUCCCUGAAUGGGCAUCUCCUCUCCCACCACCGCCUCCCAUCUCCCCCUCAGGGUCUCAUGCCACUUUAGGCUACAGCAGUCCUGCUCUCAACCAGUUCAGUGGCCAUUUCUACCCUGGCUUGAACUCAACUGGCAUUCUGUAUCCCCGAGAGGGCACAGAGGUGUGAUAGAACUGGACAAAAGUCAAAAGUCAAUAAGAAAUAGCACAAGCUUCAUAUUGAGCUGCAGCCAGAGACUGGUGAGAGAAAAAAAAAAAAAAGCUUCACAUAUACACACACUUACUACCAGUUGACUGGUUUUGGUUGAAUGCCGAAAUGGCCCCGUGAGUGUGAGAUUACAGCAGAUUCCCACAGGAACAGCUUAGUCAGCAUCAUGAUGUGCGUGAUACUAACAAAAGCCACCAGCAGCUUCGAUGUGAGGUCUACUGCUGACAUUAUGCCAUUCCAUCCAACUAUCUUUGCUGAUCGUAUCACUAAAACUGUGAGCACUUGUACUAACACUGAACAUGGCUUAAAAAAGUCUUUAACCAGCAGAGUAACCUUAGAGAAAGUGCAUGGGGUGCAACAUUCUUCAUUCUACACCUGUAAUUUGAUCCAUUCAGUUUUUUAUACUUUGUCUUGUUUGUCUGCUUAAUGGAAAGUUGUGAUGUCUUUUUACUUCUAAAGGUGUGAGUAAAUGUUGUACAGAGUUUUA